AUGCCCAUUGAAUUCAUCAAGCAGAUCGCUGAGGUGGUUAAAUACCAUCAGUCGAUCGCAGUGCAUCGCAACAAAGUUGCGAUGGAAAUGAAGACAGUGACCCAGCAGGGCCAGAAACGCAGUGAUGAGUCCCUUGCAGGCCCCCUUGUGGCCCCUGCUCCCCUUGUAGCACACCCUUUUCCAGAGCCACCUGAGACUCCACUCCAUGAGAGAGAUGUGGAGGAGCAGGAAAGGCUCAACUUACCCUCAUCUUCUGUGCCAGAUGAUUCUGCCAGCAAAAAUCACCAGAGGGGGACACAGAAAAGGAGGGAAGGUCUAGUUCACCCUCACCCUCCAUGCCAAAGGAUGGACUCAAGAAGGCAGCCAAGUGCACAAGAAGCCUCCCAAACUACCCCCUCAGCAACCCCUCAGGGCACCACAGGACUUGCAAAGAAAAAGGGGCUGGCUGCCAUUUUGAAACUCCCACCAAAAAGGUUCUUCAAAUUGACAGCUUUUGCUAGUUUGCCCAUCCUGGGCUGCAAGACUGCCAUCACUGUGGCCAGAGGAGAGGAUUAUGCUAAGGACCUCAAUUACUUCAUUCAGAGAUCUUCCAUACCCAAUCUCCAGACCUUUGAGACAGAAGAGCUCCAGAGACUCAAAUCCUCAGCACCAGAGAAAUUCUGUGAGGCUCUGAGAGCUCCAUUCAUUGUCAAGAAGGUGGAGAGGGGAGACUGCUUCAGCUGCCUAUGGUGUUGGAGUUGCAGAGCUUGA